UGCUGACUUCAAAGUCUUGCAGUAAAACCAACGAAGAAGAAGAAGAAUCCAACUAACAGCCAGGAGGAGGGGGUGUCCAUCUUAUUUACACCACUGAAAGCUCUAAAUUGCUGCUAGGAAGGGGUAUUUUAACAGCCUAAACACUGAGUUCCGGGUCCUCAAAAAUGAGUAGCUCAGAGGAAGUGUCAUGGAUCUCUUGGUUCUGUGGACUGAGGGGAAACGAGUUUUUCUGUGAGGUGGAUGAAGAUUAUAUUCAGGACAAGUUUAACCUGACAGGCCUCAACGAGCAGGUUCCUCACUACCGCCAGGCUCUGGACAUGAUCUUAGAUCUUGAACCAGACGAGGAGCUGGAGGACAAUCCCAACCAGAGUGACCUGAUAGAGCAGGCGGCGGAGAUGCUGUACGGCCUCAUCCACGCUCGCUACAUCCUCACUAACCGAGGCAUCGCACAGAUGCUGGAGAAGUAUCAGCAGGGAGAUUUCGGAUAUUGCCCCAGAGUCUACUGUGAGAACCAGCCCAUGCUUCCUAUUGGCCUGUCGGACAUCCCGGGAGAGGCCAUGGUGAAGCUGUACUGCCCUAAAUGUAUGGACGUCUACACGCCCAAGUCGUCCAGGCAUCACCACACAGAUGGAGCCUAUUUCGGCACCGGUUUCCCCCACAUGCUCUUCAUGGUUCACCCCGAGUACCGACCCAAGAGGCCCGCCAACCAGUUUGUCCCGCGGCUGUACGGAUUCAAGAUCCACCCCAUGGCCUACCAGCUGCAGCUACAAGCCGCCUCCAGCUUCAAGAGUCCCGUCAAGGCCAUCCGCUAGCCCCGCCCCCGGAGGAGGAACACUGUAAAAGAAAAGAUGAGAAUUAUUGAUGAGGAGGGGGGUCACCUGCAGCAGAUGCCCCCCCUCCCCCCACAAAGACUGUAUUAUUUUGGUUUGGAUUAGCAUGUAUGACAAACGUAAAGACGGCGGCGUGAGGGAGACCAACACACAAAUAAACGCAGUCGAGAUGGUUUGUAUCGGCCUCUGUGUCACAUAGAGACGCACUUUCAGCCGGUCGGCUUUACGUCAGAUCUCAAGGUCACAUUCUCCUCUUCUGGUAGACUUAGAUUUAGUGAACCGGAGGGCACAUUUUCUCUUUAAGAUCCAGAGAUUUCUUCUCUUUUCUUUUCUUCGGUCCUGAUUCGUCUUUUCUCCAGCUUUAAAUCAGUCAGAAAACAGACUUCAGUUCUUCAAUAAUUUAUUUCUAGGACAUUAAAAACGAGUUUAUGUCUCUUCCUUUUUUUCUGCUCAUUUUCCAUCUUAUUUUUUAAUCUUCAAAGUUCUCCUUUGUCCAGAAAAGUUCCCACUCAUCGUUAAAUGUCUGUUACUUUAAGGAGGUUCUUGUUCUUUCGGGUUUUCCUUCAGUGAGUGACGCCUUUAUGUCCACAUAGAAGCUUUGAUAGAACCAUAAAACUCACAUCAAAUGAAAAAGAUUGUUGGGUUAAGGUAGUUUCACUUUAUUGCUCCGGGUUUGGGUUCAAACACGAUGAAAACCAUCCGGAUCCUCCUGCAGUUUUUCAUAGUUCAGAUGGCUCCGCCCCUUUAUUCUUCUUCUAUUCUCUCCCUUUCCCGCUCUAACUGGGAUGUCCUGAAGCAGCACCUGUCUCCAUGUGUUUUUACCCGUCUGACUGUCGUGGUCUUUGUGUGACUGGAAGAGUGAGCCGGAUUCAGAACUCAAUAAACUUCUAUUUUCUUUUCAAA